AUGACUAAAGAUGAUCUAUUACCAAGGUAUGAGAAAACUUAUAAGAAAAAGCAUACGUAUAUAAUCAAGAAAAAUAAAAAACAUUCAGGUAUUAAUUUAAAUGGUAAGCAUAAUGGCAAAUUCUUUGAUAAAACAGGAACCUAUAACCCAGUUUUAACUACUCCAAUGAAAAAAUUGUUGGCUUAUUGUUUCCUCUUAUCAGUCAUUGGAUUGAUUGGGUUUUGGAUUUAUACGGAUUCUAAAAAGAAACUUUUAUUUGAAUUGGAACAUUCAAACAUCGAUUAUAACAAUGCCCAUCAUCAGAUGGUUGAUGCUUCUCCAGAGAUGGACCGUCAAAUCCAAAUCCAAGAUGUUGAUAAUCAAUUGGAGAAUCAAGAAGAAAAACAACUGGAAUCACAUAUGUUGAAAGAACAGAAUCAAAAUGAAUUGGAAAAUAAAGUAGAUGAAGAUGAUUUAGUAAUUAAAGAUGAAAAGGAAGCAUCUGAGACUGGUGUUGCAUCUGAUGCUGAUGUUUCGUCUGAUAAUUCACAAGAAGAUGAUGAUUCUAAACAACAAGAAAAGUCCAAAUCAAUGAACCGUGACAAUAAAGAGUUGAAAAAAUUGAAAUUAAAGGAAAAAAUUAAGGCAAAGAAAGAUGAACGGUUGAAUGGUGGUGCAUCGCUUUCUCAAGAUCUAAAUAAUUUAAAAGAUAAGCAAUCUAAUUUCGAUAAUAAAAAAAACGAAUUACACGAAAAGGAAUUGCAAUUACAAAUGGAAUUAGAAGAAAUGGAGGAACAACAAAGAGAAAAAGAUAAGAAGAAGAAUAAAAAGAAGAAGAAAAUUGUCAUGGGAGAUAAUGAUUUGAAUAAAGAUAGCAAUAAAAAGGGUAAGAACAACAACAACAACAACAACAACAACAACAACAAUAAUAAUAAUAAGGAUGCAAGAAUGGUAGAUAGUAAAAAGAAAAAGGAAAAGAAGAAAUUUAAUGAUAUAGCUAAUGCAGAUGAAAUGAAUGAGUUAUCCAUUCAAAUGCAUGAAAAUGAAUUGUUAAAGGAUAAUUCAAAUAAUAAUGAUAUGGUUAUUAAUGCCAAUGAAAAUGUAGAAGAUACUACUCUUCCAGUAGAAAAUGUGGAGGAAGAGGAGGAACAACUCAUUGUUGAUAACACAGAACAAAUCGUUAAUGAUGAUUCUGAAUAUAAAGAUCAGAAACUACAACAGAAAAAAGAUGAUCAAAAAAAGAAAGAUGAUAGUGUCAAAGAUCUGGAUUCAAAAAGGAAAAAAGUUUUUGGCAAAGAUUUAGUAGAUAAGAAAAGAUUAGUAAAUAUCAAUCAAAUAGCUUAA